AUGGCCAAUCUGACGAAAUUGCUGGUCAGUGCAGGGCUCAUGCCACUAGUCUCUGGGCUGAGCCAAGUGACAUUGUCUAGCACAUCCACCUCCGCCUCGUUUGCGCAAUUCACCAUCCCGGCUGAAGCGGAUAUCGGAGCUCAAUUAAUUGCCAACAUCGAUGAUCCUGAGGCAGUCAAUGCACAGUCAGUGUGUCCGGGCUACAAGGCAACGGACGUGCAACAAAACUUCCAUGGCUUCACAGCACGCUUGGAUUUGGCCGGCGACGCAUGCAAUGUCUAUGGAACAGACGUCGAUACGUUGACUCUGACGGUGGAAUACCAGGCGUCAGAUCGGCUGAAUAUACAGAUUCUUCCUACCUACGUCGAUGCUUCCAAUUCCUCGUGGUUUAUUUUGCCAGAGGGACUUGUACCUAGACCCAAGCCAGGUGACGACAAGGCUCACACCCAAAACGAUCUCACCUUCUCCUGGUCCAAUGAGCCGUCGUUCAAUUUCAAGGUUGUUCGCAAGGCUACUGGGGACAUUCUUUUUGACACUGAGAGCACCGUUCUGGUUUAUGAAAACCAAUUCAUUGAAUUUUCCACUUCUUUACCCGAGGACUACAACGUGUACGGUCUUGGAGAGCAUUUCAACCAGCUCCGUCUGCUCCAGAAUGCAAACGUCACCAUGUAUGCUGCAGAUGUUGGUGAUCCCAUUGAUAGCAAUAUUUAUGGGCAGCACCCCUUCUAUCUUGAAACGAGAUACUUCAAAGCGGAUGGAUCUCCCAAGCACGUUAAGAGAAGCGAAGUCAAUGCGUCUGAAGAAUACACUUCCUACUCCCAUGGCGUGUUCUUAAGAAAUGCUCAUGGACAAGAGGUGCUUCUGAGAUCUGAGAGAUUGACAUGGCGAUCUCUAGGUGGAGGUAUUGACCUGACGUUCUACUCGGGUCCAACCCAGGCCGAUGUGACCAAGCAGUAUCAAGUCAGCACGGUGGGCUUGCCAGCCAUGCAGCAGUACAGCACCCUCGGCUUUCACCAAUGUCGCUGGGGCUACAAUAACUGGUCUGAAGUCGCCGAAGUCGUUGCUAACUUCGAGAAGUUCGAGAUACCUCUGGAAUACAUAUGGACUGAUAUUGAUUACAUGCAUGGCUACCGUAACUUUGACAAUGAUCAACAUCGCUUUUCCUAUAGCGAGGGGGCAGAAUUCCUCAGCGAGCUUCAUGAGGGUGGCCGUUACUAUGUGCCAAUCAUCGACGGAGCUUUGUAUAUCCCAAAUCCCGAGAAUGCCUCCGACGCUUAUGACACGUAUACUCGUGGCGCUGCAGAUGACGUUUUUAUCAAGAAUCCCGAUGGCAGCCUAUACAUCGGUGCCGUUUGGCCGGGAUAUACUGUGUUUCCCGAUUGGCACCAUCCGAAAACGGCCGACUUCUGGAUCAACGAGCUGGUGACUUGGGCUGAGAAUGUGGCUUUCGAUGGGUUGUGGUACGAUAUGACCGAGGUCUCUUCCUUCUGUGUGGGAAGCUGUGGGACUGGUAACCUCACCCUGAACCCGGUGCAUCCGCCGUUCUUGCUGCCUGGCGAGCCUGGAAACAUCGUUUACGACUACCCGGAGUCUUUCAAUAUCACCAAUGCCACUGAAGCGGCGGCCGCCUCGGCCGGGGCCGCCAGUCAGGCUGCAGAGGCUGGGUCCUCGCCAUCCUCCUCUACCUCCUACCUGCGUACAACACCUACACCUGGAGUUCGGGACGUUAACUACCCUCCAUAUGUGAUCAACCACGUCCAAACUGGGCACGAUUUGAGCGUCCAUGCCAUCUCACCAAAUUCGACUCACUCUGAUGGGUUCCAAGAAUACGACGUGCACAGUCUGUACGGCCACCAAGGCCUGAAUGCUACCUACCACGGCCUGCUCAAGGUCUGGUCCGAUAAGCGGCGUCCCUUCAUCAUUGGACGCUCGACCUUUGCUGGGUCGGGCAAAUGGGCCGGACACUGGGGUGGAGACAACAUCUCAAAGUGGGGAUCCAUGUAUUUCUCAAUCGCACAGGCGCUAUCCUUCUCACUCUUUGGCAUUCCAAUGUUUGGAGUGGACACUUGUGGUUUCAACGGAAAUACGGACGAAGAGCUUUGCAAUCGCUGGAUGCAGCUGUCAGCCUUCUUCCCAUUCUAUCGAAACCAUAAUGUGCUUUCUGCUAUCCCCCAGGAACCAUAUCAAUGGGCAUCGGUCAUCGAAGCAUCCAAGACUGCCAUGCAAGUUCGUUAUGCUUUACUGCCUUACUACUAUACGUUGUUCCAUCUCGCCCACACCACUGGAUCCACGGUGAUGCGUGCACUCGCAUGGGAAUUCCCCAAUGACCCCACUCUGGCUGGCGUCGAUAACCAGUUCCUUGUUGGUUCUUCGAUAAUGGCCAUCCCUGUUCUCGAGCCUCAAGUCGAUACUGUCAAGGGGGUCUUCCCCGGAAUCGCAGGUGGCGAAGUGUGGUAUGACUGGUAUACGCAGACAGUUGUUGAUGUGAAGGCGGGCGUGAACACGACCAUCUCGGCACCACUAGGCCAUAUCCCUGUCUAUGUACGUGGUGGAAGUAUUCUUCCCUUGCAAGAGCCGGCUUUGACCACUCGUGAGGCUCGCAAAACUCCUUGGUCUUUGCUGGCCGCACUCGGAAGCGACGGCACUGCAUCGGGGCAGCUCUAUCUUGAUGAUGGGGUUAGCAUUUACCCCAACGCCACGCUGAAUGUGGAUUUCUCGGCAUCUCACUCGAGUCUGCAUGUUUCGGCCAAGGGGAAAUGGGAGGAGAAAAACCCCCUGGCGAAUGUGACGGUCCUUGGGGUUGAUAAAGCACCUUCGUCGGUCAAGCUGAACGGGAAGAAGGUCUCGACGGUCGAAUAUAAUUCGACGUCGCGUAUCUUGUUGGUCAGUGGUUUGCAGAGAGUGACAGGCAGCGGUGCCUGGGCUAAGGAUUGGGUUCUAGAGUGGUAGUAGUGGUUCACCAUGACUUGGGGCUUGCGUAGCGACAG